AUGAUUGAAGAAGUGUUAUCUCAAAAACAAUCCAAAGAUGAGAGACAACAAAUAUUGACGAUGAAAAGUUCAAUGGAUUCACCAUUUUUUGACAAGAUAAAACGUUUCCGCCCGCCUAUAAACUUCGUACAGCCUCAGUUCAAAGAGUUUUUUGAUGGAAAGAAUGGCGAUCCGAUUGAGCAUGUCCAACAUUUCCAAGCUUCUAUGAGUUUGUGGGGGUAUAGUGAUGAACUACUCUGCAGAACCUUCCCGAUAACCUUGACUGGUAAAUCUUUAACCUGGUUUUCACAAUUAGACUCAAAUUCAAUAGCAAACUUUGGAAUGUUUUCGGAUGCAUUUUUCGAACAAUAUAAAAUUAAUCUUGGGAACAGAAAGGGAAGCAGCCACUUGUUUCUCUUGCAACAGGAGACAUGUGAAAAUCUCUUAGACUUCACACGAAGGUUUCGUCAAGAGGUUAGUGAAGUCGGAAAAGUUGAUCCUGGUCUCGUGAUUGAAGCAUACAAGAACGCCUUGCCUUAUGACGAGUUUGGGAUAUAUAAUUCUUUAACUAUCCAACUAGUCGGAACACUCAAGGAGUUGUACGACAUGGUAGACAGAUACGGACGUGCUGAGAAAGAAAAAAAGGCCAAGAUGUCACGAGCAUCGAAAGGGUCCAGAACCGAAGGGAAUGCAAACCAAAGCAGCAAUUCGAGGGUGAUUCCAAAAAGAAAGAUCAAGAUGAAUCCAGAAGCAGAUCUGGAAAUGGAGAGGACGCCCGAAGAAAUCAAGGAAGAGAAAAGGUGA